AUGGCUGGUGGUCAGCGAUCGCAGCCAGACGCAUACAACACCAGCUCAGCUGUUGUAUCACCAUCGACCACUGAACGCUCUUUCCCGCUCAGUAGCCACCCUACUACCGCCACUGGCUCAAGAGAUCUGCCAUCAGAAACAUCCAGAGAUCACCACCUGGGCAGAGAUACCGCUCUUGUCGGAGGUGGACUUGGUGCUGCUGGCCUGGCUGCACAUGAGGCUGGAUCUCACAGGCCUUCUCACGAAAUCGAGGGCUAUGAUGACCAGCGCUUUGANCCCUCCGCUGCUUCUGGCGAUAAGCCUACCCGCAUCCCUAAUUUAAUGUACGGCCACUCAGCCAAGUCAGGCCAAGGAGUGAACGCUUCGGAAACUGCCAGCGGCACACCCUACGGUAGGGAAGCACUCCCGGGCCAUGGCGUGAGACCAUCAGAGACUGCCAGCGGCCUUGGUGCUGGUGCUGCAGCUGGUGCAUAUGAGUCUGCCGAGCACCCUAGACAUGGUGUAAGUGGAACAGAGACCGCCAGCGGCCAGCAGUAUGGCAGAGAACCACUGUCAGGCCAUGGAGUGAAUGCUGCAGAGACUGCCAGUGGCCAACCUUAUGGCGGUUCGCAAAUGCAAGGAUACAACCACGGCGGCCGCACCGAGACCGACCCUGCUUCUAAGACUAUUGGUCCUCACAAGAGCAACGUCAUGAACAUCCUCGACCCUCGUGUUCAGCCUGAGCCCGAGAAGAUGAAGGACAGGACUACCGCUGGUCCUCAUCAGAGCGACAUGAUGAACCGCGCUGAUCCUCGUGUUGACUCUGAUCUAUCCAAGCAGAACGAGCACCACUACGGCAGGGACGCAGCUGUUGCUGGAGGACUGGGUACAGCUGGCGCCGGAGCUUACGAGUAUGGCAAGCACCACAAUCAGCCCUCUGAGAGCAUCGGUACCUCUGCUUUCGAUCCUCGCUCAACUAACACCACAAACCUUGUCGACCCAAACCAUGACCCAAUCCUCGAGCAGCAGAGAAUUGAACGUCAACGUGCCUACGAAACCGCGUUGGCUGGUGGUGCAGGCGCCGGAGGUGUAGGUGCUUACGAGCAGCCUCAUGGCAGAGCUGCUGAGAGCACUCUUGAAACUUCUCCGUUCGCUUCUCGUUCUGCUAACACUGAUCCCGCUCUGGCACAACAACAGUCGGGCCAUCACUAUGGUCGCGACGCAGCCAUUGCUGGUGGCGCUGCUGGCAUCGGAGCAGGUGCAUACGAGCACGGUAGACAUCAAGGCGGCCCUUCGGACGCUGACCUUGGGACCUCCACCUUCGAUCCUCGCUCAACCAACACCAGUAACGUUGUCGAUCCUAGUACCGAUCCCACUCUCGCACAGCAGCAACAAGGUCAUCACUAUGGCCGUGACGCCGCACUUGCCGGAGGUGCUGGAGCUGCUGGUGCCGGUGCUUAUGAAUACAGCAAGCACCACAAUCAACCUGCGGAGAGUAUCGGUUCCUCUGCUUUCGACCCUCGUUCAACCAACACUACAAACCUUGUGGACCCGAACCACGACCCCAUCCUUCAGCAGCAGAGAGUUGAGCGCCAAAAUCUCGGUCGUGACGCUGCUGUAGCAGGUGGAGCCGGAGUUGCUGGUGCAGGCGCUUACGAGGCUCUUGACCCUAAGGAGCAGGAGAAGCUCGCGAAGCACCAAGCUCACGAAGCCGAGAAGGCCAGAAAGGCUCAGCAGCACCAGAUGGACAAGGAUGCGAAGCACCAGCAGCACCAAACCGAAAAGGAUCUGAAGCAUCAGCAGAAGGAGCGUAAGCACGAAAUUGCCAAGCAAGAAAAGAAGGCCGAGAAGCAACGUGAGAAGGAAGCCGAAAAAUCCGAAAAGGAAGCCGAAAGAGCGACCAAGGAGAACGAGCAGCCUGAGAAGAAGCGCCACGGCAUUCUUGGCUUCCUCCACCGUGACAAGAAGAACGAGCCCGAAGAGGACUUGCGCCAGCAGGGUCGUCUUCAGGAAGCCGACAUUGCAGCCCACGAGCGCCACCAACGUGAACUCGAAGCACGCGCUGCUGACGGCUCUAUCCCUGCUGCCGGAGCCAGCUUUGAGCCCUCGCUCGAGGAGCAGAGAGCAAACCCUCUNUCUUCGGCCCCAUACAGUGAUAUCCAGGAGCAUGGUCACCAGACCGUCUCUACCGAUACUUCUGGCCGUCACCGUCUGCACAAGGAUCCUCCUGCUAGUGUGCUCAAGGAGCGCGGUCUGGAGACUGAUCACCCCUACGGAGACAGCCACGGCGCCAACGUCCGUAUUGCCUAA